AAAAUGAAAUGAUUUAAAUAUCGAGCGCGUCUAACUUCGAGAUAUAUCGAUAUUCGAUAGGUCGAGCCGCGUGUUAGCGAACGAUGAUAGCCGAGAGUGGGCGAACAAAACCGAAAGGAGCCGAACGUUUCAAUGAUCUUCGCGUAACUAUUUAAGGAGUUGGGAGUAAGCCGCGCUCAUUCCUAGAACAAACGUCGAAGGGUACGGUUUUUGAUUCAUUUUUUUUUUCAUUCAUCGUUGCUCGCGAUUACUAAUUUACAAGUUUUUCUAACACGUGUCUUGAAGAAUCUCGAUUAUAUCAAGUAGCAUCUUUUCGAGUGGAUCAGUGAAAGGGAAAUAAAGAAAGAAAGAGAAGAGAGUAGAAGAUAAUAAAAAAAAAAAAAGAUAAAAAGAGAUAGAAAUAUCAAGGAGGAAGAGAGAGAGAGAGAGAAAUAAAGAGAAAGAAUAGAUUAUAAGUUUUGUGUACACGGAACGAAGAAAAUAUGGCCGAUAGUGGAAUUAAGCGCAACAUUCCCAUCAAGUUGGGUGACUUUAGCGUCAUUGACACCGAAUUUUCCAACAUAAGGGAACGUUUCGAUGCCGAAAUGAGGAAGAUGGAGGACGAGAUGUCGCGAUUUCGCAGCGAGCUCAUGAAUCGCGAAAGCAAUUUCUUUAAGAGUACCACCAGUCGGCAUCACACGAGCAGCAGCGAACACAAAACCUCGACGACCUCAAAGUUGGAUGGUUGGGACAAGGCCGACCCUACGGCAUCAUCGGCACGAUCAGCGUUCGAUAACUUUAAAAGUACGACGACACAACAGAGCAGCCAGAACAGCUCGCUGAGUCCUCAACAUGAUUCGACUUGGUUGGAUGGUCUUAACAGUCCUCUCAUACAGGAUGAGGGUGACAGUAAAAUGUUGAAACUACGAUUUGACGUGUCUCAAUACACACCCGAAGAGAUCGUCGUCAAGACCGUGGACAACAAACUAUUGGUUCACGCCAAGCACGAAGAGAAAACUGAAAGCAAAUCCGUCUACAGGGAAUACAAUCGUGAAUUUUUGCUGCCCAAAGGAACGAAUCCAGAAAGCAUCAAGUCGUCGUUGAGCAAGGAUGGUGUUUUAACCGUUGAAGCUCCUCUACCGGCUAUUGGUUCUGGCGAAAAAUUGAUUCCCAUCGCGCACCAAUAAAAAUUCUUCCAUCCAACCCUCCACCUCUCCUUUCUCUCGUCCGAAAUUCAUACGACCUAUUAUAUUAUCCCAAAAGAGCUUUCCUUCAAAAGCUUUUUACUUCUUCCAUACCGAACAACAACAGAAAGAAACGUUGCGAAAAAAUAAAAAGAAAAAUAAACACUCGCCACCUUUCUACACCUAAAAUAUAAUCCCAAUACGAUUCAAAGUCAUCUGAUUUUUUUUAACACUUCUUUUUUUUUUUUUAAUCAACUUCAAU